GAUAUUUUUAUGGCCGACAUAAAUUUACCCCCAGGAUUUCGAUUCUAUCCCACGGAUGAAGAGUUGGUGGUUCAUUUCCUCCACCGAAAGGUGACCCUUUUGCCUUGCCAUCCUGAUGUCAUCCCAGAUCUCGAUCUUUAUCCUUAUGAUCCUUGGGAAUUAGAUGGUAAAGCUAUGGUGGAGGGAGACAAGUGGUUCUAUUAUAGCCGGAGGACAAAUAAAAGGAUCACCGGAAAUGGGUACUGGAAGCCAUUAGGAGUUGAUGAACAAAUCUUCUCAACUGCAAACAAACUGGUGGGUUUGAAGAAAUACUAUGUAUUCUAUAUGGGAAAACCUCCUUCUGGUUCUAAGACCAAUUGGGUAAUGCAAGAAUAUAAGCUUCCAGAUAGUAUUGGGUCAACCUCAAGUUCUGCCUCUAGAUCAACAUCAAGGAGACCAAAAUUUAAAGCUGAUUUUACAAAAUGGGUAAUAUGCCGAGUUCACGAACAUGCUGAUGAUGGACAUGAAGAAGAGGCUGAACUUUCCUAUCUAGACGAAGUGUUUUUGUCAUUAGAUGAUCUUGACGAAAUUAGCUUUCCAAAAUAGGUCCAUCAAGUUGGAUCAAGUUGUUUUUCAACAUAUAGUUUUUUUAUGGCGACAUUGCAACAUUUUGUUUUUGUUAAGAUAGGUUGUUGUAGUU